UCUUUUAGUCCCUUCUCCAGCGGGGCGAUAUCUGUCAACCCGGAAGUGUAACUAGUCGUUAUCAGGGCUGAAAUUCCACCAAUUUCUUGCCAGUGAGCACAUUUCCGACACACAUUUGCUUAUCUCACCAGCACUGCUGUACUUCGGGGGAGAUAUGGUUUUAAUGGCGUCCGAAACCCUCAACCUCCAGCUAGCUCUAUUUUAAUGGUUCCUCCAAUUCAAUAAACCUCACCUCAGUCGGCCCAUAAAUUAGCGGUGUAUUAGGCAAGCGGGAGAAACAAUUAAAACUUAAUUUUACCAUCUCUUCCUCGGCGGCAGCACGGUGCGGCGCAGGGCUUAAAGGUUACGCAUUAUCAGUGCGCACACGGUAGCUCAGUUGAUAGCGGCGGGAGCGUUUGUCUGUGGCGCUUGCGGGCUGUGGCCUUGAUGAUGAAGAUGAUGAUCAUCUCACGAAAGCUCGAGAAUACGCAGGAGGGAUUUCGAUGGAGGGGCGCACUAGGGCGUACUGCAAACUUUCGGCAUGAAUGAAUUGGAAGAAGCCGGCUUGAAGAAGGAUCGUUUCGACAACGUAACGCGUUGUCGCGCGCGCGGUCGCCGCGGUUUCGUAAUGAGUCCGGCCGGGAGUUGGACGGGGGUAACAUCGUGCAAUCAACCACACAGACUCACAUACUUACAUACCUGUGUGUGUGUGUAGAAUGGGCUACAAAAAAUAAAAGAAACAAUCGGCGAGGCCCCCACUUAACGCCUCGCGCAAAACGGUGUGCGUUUCGGUGUGCGCGCAAGAUGCGCACGAAACAAAACACACACACUUAGGGGAACACACAUAUCAGCAGGUCUAUGAGCCGGCCUACCGGGCGGGUGGUAGAGUUUGUGGUUCAAGGGGUGCGAUAGAUGUGCGUGUGGUUGUGCGCGAGGGUUGGGUAUAUUUAAUCACACCGCAUCAUCAGUACUGUCGCGGCCGCGUAGAUGCGCUAGGGAAGCGAGUGGGGAGGGAGCUGUGGUGAGGGUAGAUUGGAUUGGGGUGAAUCGCGUUUGCUUCGCGAACGAAUGCGCCAGGGUUAAACGCCAUACCGGUGCGCUCGGGCACGCUAGUGUAGUUCCGACGAUUGGCGCAACGCGACGCGCGUGUAACGUAACCCGCGGUUUUUGGCUGGGUUUCCCAUUUAUCGCUACGCAUUGCGCUUUUCGAAUCGAUCGAAAUUUAAUCCAAAAAACUAAACCAUUUUUUUUUUCGUUUUUCAUUUCUCGAUUUUCCUCCCGUUUGUUGGGGGAAAAUAUCCUUCCGGGACGGGGCGUGGUGCGUGGACAUAUUCAUUCCGGUUCAAGACAGGCGCUCAGCAGUGAAAUCAUAGUUAUCGCAGUGCUAGAUGAGUUUUUUUCUUUCGCUUCCCCGGUGUCCGCUAAGAAGACGUAAACGCACACUUGCAACACGUCACGCGUAUACACCAACAUCAGAAGGUAUACGGAAAGAAGAGAAGAAAUAAAACACGCCUCGUGGAAGGAAAAACUCAACGAAUAUAGCGAAAGAAGGGAAAACCACAUCCCAUAACACAACAAAAAGUGCACGAAACAAGAGUGAAACAGCAAAAAACGAGAGAAGAAAAUCGAAGCAAAAAAGUGUAUAAAAUCGUAACGAAAAGUGUGUGUGUGUGUUUUUGUGCGGGGUGCUGUGGAAAGUGAACGAAAACAACGGAGCAAAACAGAGGGAAGAAAAAUCACUGCACAGAAGAAGUAGGCCAAGCGCGUGUGUGGUGGAAGUAACGUACCCCGAUCGCUGCAGUCCGUUGAAAACUUCAACGCCCAUUCGUUCGCGGUGCAAGCAGGCUGUGGACGGAAAGAAAGUGAUCAAGAAAUCAAUCUUGCCCGAUUGCACAAUCGCUCCGACACGUCGCAUACAGAGGAAUCGUUGGCGCUUUCCCCGUGUCGUGUCGUCAGUUUCAGAACGAACGCGUAGAAUUCCGUCAUUUUGCUUGCAUCCUAGAGGGGUAGUUCCUGCGGGGUAAGUUCGUGUAUCGAUUAUCCCAGUGAGUGUGUGUGUUGAUUAAGUGCAUCUUUAAGCGUGUCGUAAGCGCCUCGAAGGAAGGUGAAAAUUUGUUUCCCCUCCCAAGAGCAGUGAAAAGGUGCAAUCGUCCACGUGUCAUCCCCACUCCAGCUUCAAGAUGCACUACGGCCGGAUCGUUUACAGCUGGAACGGGAUGUCCCUGUGCUGACGAUGAGUCAUUCGUGAGUAGCGAGACACUCCUGGGCCCCUCCGAAAAAGUAGUGUUCUCGUUCGCAUCGAUCACAAAUCGGUGUGUGUGUGUGUGUGUGUGCCUAGUGCCGCGUGUGUGAUUUUAGGUUUUCCUACCCAUCUUUAAGCUGUGUUUUCCGCAGUGUGUUUCCUUGUAGAAAAAAAAAAACACCCAUCAGUGGCCUUCAUAGAUUGAAGGGUGUUCAACUUACUCGCGGCCAACGAAGACAUUUCGACAUUUCUCUUUUGCGUUCGGAGAUUGGAGCAUCAAACGGACGAGGACGGAGUGAAGAACCGUACGGCGGUGACACGCGACUGCAGUAGUUUGCCUUUUUUAAACCUCGAAGAAUUUAAAGAUCAUCAAUCGUUGGACGCGGUAGGAAGCUGUAGCUGAUCAAGACUUCGAAGACUGUACGCGUUGCUGCUAGGUGAAGAUCAUUUAGGAGCGGCUUUUUUUGUAGGUCUUCCGGAGUGAUAAAGAUGGCGACUGGCGGCACCCCAACCUGCUUACUGCUGCUGGCCCUGCUCUGCAGCGUGGGCUGGUGUGCAACGGGCGCUGAUCCGACGGCAAACAAAUGUCCCCAGGAGUGCCGCUGUGAGGCGAACUCUACGAUCCGCUGCACCAGUGUGGCCGGACUGAGAAGCCUCGACAAGACGCAACCGAUCGCCCGGCUGGAUCUGUCCGGGCUGGAGCUGACCAAGGUACCGGGCCCGCUGGAGAACGUCCGGAACAUCACCGAGCUGGACCUGUCGCGCAACCGGCUGGCGGAGGUGAGCCACCUCGGCAAGCGCAUCCGCAAGCUCGACCUCAGCCACAACCGCAUCACGUCGGGCAAGCUGGCCCGCAUCCCACCGUUCGUGGAGUCGCUCAACCUGACGUACAACGACAUCACCUACCUGCCGCUGCACCUGAUGAAGCUGAAGCGGCUGCGCUACAUCGAGCUGGCGAACAAUCCGAUCAACUGCACGUGCGAGACGCUCCACAUCCGCAACUGGCUGACGUCGCGCCACGUAUGGUCGGACGAGCACAUCAAGUGUAUGGCGCCGGCCGAGUUUAAGGGCCAGCCGUGGCUGCAGGUCCGCCAGCUGGACGUCUGUGCGCCGACGGUGGUGGCGGAGCGCAAGGGCGGCUACCAGUGGGACGACUACGAGGACGAGAACGAGCUGAUGCUGGGCGAUGCGCCGCACCACGAGGCAAAGGAGGAGGACGAGGAUGACUUCAAGCGGGAGUACCUGCCGGUCGGCGAGAAGGUGAAGCGGCACGAGCCACCGAUCGUGGUGGAUAACAGUGAAGCUGAGGACGCAUCGGGCGAUGGCGGAGUGGCGAUCGGAGAGGAAUCCACUAUUGGCGAGGAGGCACGGCGGAAGGUGUUUGAUGGGCCGACGGUCGAGGGCAGUGGCGAAGAGACGGACCACAGUGCUCGUGUGAUGGCUGCGGAGGUCGAGGAAGAUGUCGAAGGUGAUGAGGACGUCACGGACGAUGGCAGUGGCAGUGGGGGCGGUUUUAUGAUUGACGUCGCACGGGUCCAUGAUCUCGAGCCGACCACGAGCAGCUCGACAGAGACGCCGCUUGACGAGGAGGAACCGGAAGAGGCACCGAUGGGCAUGCCCAACCUGCACGACGGGCUCGGCAUCUUCCGGGACGACAAGGAGGACGACGAUCUCGAACCGACCUCGGAAGAGACCACCUCGGAGGGCACGAACGCACGCGUCAUGGUCGGUGCGGCCGGCAUUAUGAAGACGGCCAGCGAUGGAACGGCGGCCGGUGAUGGAUCGUCCGAAACUCCGCUCGUCGCUGGCGGAGCGCUCGUACCGCCACCGUCGGAGGAAGACAACCAGAAGACCUACCUGCUGCUCGCCAUCCUGGGCAUCAUCGUCGUGUCGCUCAUCGUGAUGGUGGUGUGCAAGCGCAAGCCGGACUCGCGCAACCGCCGCGGCAAGUACGACGUGGAGACGGCAAACGGUACCGGCCGCGAGAUGAAGGAGAUGAACAAGAACCUGCUGGGCGAGAAGGGACCGGCCGACCGGAACGGGCGCGGUGUGCCCGAGCAGACGCCGCUCAUGUCGCCGGACAAAAACGACUACGAGCGGGUGUUCGGCGACCCGCAGAAGACCGCCUUCAGCCCGGUGAAGCCCGUGCGCACCUCGCUCGAGAAGCCGAUGGAAUCGUUCAAACCGAUCGCGGCCGAACGGCGCACGAACGAUGCGGCCGGUGCCCCCGCGGACAACAACAACACGGCCACGCUGCCGAACGGCAACGGUGCGCUGCAGAACGGUGACGGCCCGGCCGGUGUGCACCGGCAGCCGGACCACCCGAACCACCACCAACAACAAGUGCCAUCAGCGAACGGGGACGUGACCGAUCCGGACGGCCACCUGGCGGUGCCGCUCGAGUCGCCCCGCUCGAAACGCUACAGCCCCAUCUACGUGCCUACCUCGCCGAAAUCGGACCGGUACAGCCCGGUGUACUCGCCGGAGACGGGCCGCGUGAAGAUCAAGAUGACCGAGACGCCCAAACCGAAGACGCCGAUCCUGGUGACGCGAAGCCGGUCGCGGGCCGGCGACAUCAUCACCACGAUGGACGACCAGAAGUUCUAGGGCACGGGGGCGCCCGGCGGGCGGUACCGCUGGACACCUCGUGACAUGCUGCCCGGGAGCCGUCGGGUCGUCGUGACUCGUGACCAUGUGUGACGUACGCCGGCGUUAUCUUGCGCGGACGGGGGGGGGUUGUGUGCCUUGAUUGUAAGCGUUGCUGCUGAUAAUCUACUAAUCCUGCCUCGACCUGAUCCUGCUCCGCCCGAUGGGAUGAGAGCGGGUGGUUUUGGGUGGAACGGGACAUCUUUCGUUGCUUCUAUCUGCCGAGCUGGGCGGUGUCAUCUUCAUCGGUGUUUCCUGUGCGGGCUACGGCUAAUGCACAAAAAACACAAAAGAAAACACAUAUUCAUUGCCUUGGUGUGCCUACUGCGUUCCCAUUUGUUUCCCUUUGCCUAGUCCAUCUUUGGAGUCAAAAGAACCCUGAGUCCAGGAGAAAAAAACAACCCGUCUUCCUAUGUAAAAUGAAGUGUUAACACCCCAUGUACCGUCUUGAGCAGUUCUUCGUUUUUUUGUUUUGUUCGCUAGCCAAUAUGAUCUACGCUUGCUUCUUAGUGUGACUGUGGCGGUGUUUGCGAGCCCAUCGAGUGGAACUGUUUCAAGUAAUGUUUUCUUUUGCCGGUUCCGCUGCAACAUGUGAACCAAUGAAAGUUGUACAUAGUGUUAAGGAGAUGCAGAAGAGAAAAGAGGGGAAUGCGACAGAGAUACAGUGAGAUCCUCUACAGUAGGUUGUAGUUGUUAGUCAGCAACCCACAUACACACGCGCAACUCGCACAUCCACACGUGUAUUCUAAUUCUGCCAAAAUGGAAACAAUUGCUAUCCGAGGAGCUAGCUAGGCGCCACAAAAAUUUAAUCGGAAAUUGUAACAAGAAUAAAAGAGAACUUUUAGAAGAAGAAAAGAUACGAAACACAACACACAAAAAAACUAACCAACGAAGCAAGCAGAAGCAAACCAUUAGUGUGUAAAUGAGGAAAAAGGAGAACACGCAAAUGAAAAGGUAAACUGUAACGUAAAUCGCGUAAUCGUAUUCGGUAAGGUAUCAGCUCGUUUUAGGAUAGCAAACUACCCCAAGUUGGAAGAUAUCCGCUGCAAAGAACCAAUGGAUUAGUGCUUUCGAGAGGGAAAUAAGUUUACAAAGGCAGAUAAACUACGGUCAGGAAGGUUACUAGUUCAUGUUUCGUCAGUCGUUCAUCGUAGAGAUAGUGUAAUUUCAUUCUAGUGGCGUGCGGGAAAGUCCUGGAAGCGUGCGCGCGAAAGUUGUACAUUAAGUGUGUCGGGAGCAUAAGCAACACGGGACAGCCAAACAGACAAGCAGAAAACCAUUUUCAGAAACAAAGGGCGGUUGCGAAUAGUUAGAAUAAUUACGCGUACGUUAGUUGGGAAAUCGGGAUGAUGGCGAACGCGAGACGUUCUGUUUUUAAUCGAGUCUUAUAGGUUGUUGAUGUUACUUGUUGUAAUGUUGCUGCGGUACAUUAAGGUGUGCGUGUGUUUGUGUAUUUUAAUGCUGGAGUGGUUUCCCUGCUGCUGCAAAUUCGAGCAACUGCAGUGGGACGUAAUGGUCGGGAAGGAAGCGUAUACCUGUACACAUAUCACCUUUGCCCCCGCCAUUCACAAUUCAGCCUGCUUCGGAGCGACAACCGGCGUUAGAAAAGCUGGACCGGGAGGAAAAGCGGAAAAAAACCAUAAACAGCGCGCGGGUGCAGUUGUUGCUCGUUGUUUUAUUUCGAUGGCCCGAUAAGUUGUAGCAAGGAAACGAGUCACCCAAGAAUGUUUUUCUUCUUGCUUCGUGCGAUUUGCGUAGGAUGAAAUGUAUUUAAAUUUUAUAAAUAAUUUAUACUUCCCGUGAGAAGCUAGGGAGAGAGAGAGAGAGGGAGAGAGCGAACGAGAGUUUUGGGAUGAGAAACCGAUUGUGAAAAAUAAAACGUGCGAAAAUGUUGUAGAGUAAAAUCAA